AUCUCGUCACGUGACUACCUCAUUUCUCCCUCUGUUAGCAAAGGAAAAGAUACUAAUAUUUUCCUAGGCUUCUCUGGAAUUCUGAUAAACGAAUUAAUUGUAAUUUGUACUAAUUCGUUAUCAGAGGAUCUCAUUACGCAAUAUUAAGUAUAGAAAAUAUAAGAGAAAGGAGCGUUACUGAUUAACCUGAAUCGGCCAAGGAUAUAUUAUUGAUGAAAUCUUAUCGAACCUGACGUCUUCCUCUCAAUGAUGAUUUAAAGUGCGAUUUUGUAAAAUGGAAAUAAGCUCAGGAACUACGAUUAAUCUAAAUAAUCAUUGGGAGAAAGAUUUCAAACUGGAGCGAGACUGCAAUGCUCUCAGUUCGUUAUUUGCUUCCAUUAUUUUGGAUAUGAAGGGUAGCUAUCCUAUCUGGGAAGAAUUUGCUGGUCGCUCCAUACGUUUCGCAAGCGCCAUAAAGAACACGCAAACAGCCAUGAAUUGUUUUUUAGAAUCCUUUCAGAAAGUCGCAGAUAUUGCUACUCAUGCUAAAGGAGCCACAAAAGAUAUUGGUACGGCGUUAACCCGACUGCAAUUACGACACAAAAAUAUAGAAAAUCGGCUAAAAUCCUUAUCGACUUGCCUUGUUGAGAGUGUGGCUGCCCCCAUUGAGAACAAAUUAGAGGAUUGGAAAAAGUCGGUCAAUCAACUAGAUAAAGAUCAUGCAAAAGGUAAAGUGAAUUCUGUUCUAGCCUUCGUACGUGCCUUAAGCCUUGUGAACAACUUGACGCAUUACAGCAAACGUAUAAGAAAUGAAGUCAAAAAGGCAUCAUCAGAGACUGUGCGUCUAAAGAAGAAGGCAAAGAAAGCGGGUAGACCUCAAGAAUUGACACAUUUUGUGGAAAAAGCUGUCUCAGAUGAAUAUAGUAGAAAAGUAACAUGGGAGGAGAUGGAAAAAAGCUAUGUCAGAAGAGCUAUGAUUGAAGAAAGGGGGAGAUUUUGCACAUUUGUUGGUCAGCUCCGUCCUGUUUUAGACCAAGAAAUAAAUCUCUUUGGGGAAAUAAAUCAUUUACAAGAAGUGGUAGAAAACCUCUGCGAACAGGCAACAGAUCCCUUUGCACUUCCCCCAACAUCUGAGCAAGUAUUGGAUGACUUAAAAGAUUCGCUGACUCAACAUGCUAUAAGGCGAACACCGCCUUCAUCGCCAUCCAGUCUUGGAUCGAGAAAGAGCUCUAUGUGUUCAAUAAGCAGUAUUGCAUCGUCUUCAAGCGAUUCCACUAAUUCGUCGAAUCCACUUUGUCCACCUCCGGUUUCCAAUGCUCCACGCUCAAAGCGUAAUAGCAUUGCUUCUUCUGCCGGUAGUGAUUUAAAUAUUAACCAGCCACUCUACGCAACUAUUCGGCGUUCUAGUAAAGCUGGAGCUGUUGCUAGGCUUUCAUCCGUUUCUUCUCACGAUUCUGGAUUUAUGUCUCAAGAUACACUUUUUCCUCGACCUCCUUCCCCUCCAGCAGUAUCCUCUUCAAAUGAAAACGAUACACAGUCUACUUGGACAAAUUGGCCGGAAGCACCUUUGGGUUUGGAUGCAAGGCAUGAUUCAGGUGCCGAGAGGCCUCAUACAAUAUCUGCUGCGUAUGAGAGACUACAUACGAGACCAGCUAUUACUGCUCAAACAUUUGAACCUCCUAAGGUGAAUGAUCCUGAAGCACCCCCUCUACCCUACAGGCCGCCUGGAGCCUUUGGUCGACCAAUUUUACACGAUGAUAGUAAAACACCAACCGAAGAAGACCAAGUAGACUGUUUGCAACAGGCAUCAAACGCCGAUUCGCUCUCUGAAGCAAUAAAACAGCUGGAAAAUUGCACGGCACAACUGCAAGCAUCCGGUAAGUAAUUUUUUUUUUAAAUUUUAUCGAUAUUUUCUCGUGUUGAAUUUUUCGUUAAUUUUUUAUUUAUUGGCAGAAUCUUCAUCACGAAUAUCGUCAAACGAUAAUAGCCAAAAGGUAGCCAAACCUCCACCUCCUUUGCGCAGAUCAUCUACUAUUACAAUGGCUGAUUUCUCAUCGCUGCCUCCACCGCCGCCAUCAUUUCAAGAGCCAAUCGAUAUGUCAUUACCUUCUUGUGAUGACCUUCCUCCUCCUCCUCCUGAGCUAUUAAUGCCGCCUCCUCCUGAACCAUUAGUUUCUCAAACUUACAAAGCGCCAUCUACCAUUUCCCAAAAGGAUGAAAGAAAUGCAAAACAAGUUAAUAACAAUAAAGUUUUACGAAGACACCAUAGCAUAGCUGAGACACAUGCAUCAGUUAUGCAUGCCUUAAAUUCUCAAUUGUUGUAUCAACAAAAAUCCCCUUCCCAAAUGCAUCCUACUAGUCUGGCUUUAAAGCAAUCGUCUAUAGAGGCUCUCGAUUUGGACGAAGUUACACCAACUCAGGAUAACGGGGGUACUCUAUUGGAAAGAGCUAUAAAAUUUCGUAAAACAUUAAAGUAAAGUUAUUAACAAUUUAUUGUACAAAUGAAUAAUUCUUUUAGAGAUGUACGUACCAUAAACAUUUUUUAUUAUCAUGUAUUGUUAUCAUUCUAAAUCAAUAGUUUUAUGAUAGUUUCCCUUUGUUAGUGAGAAACAGUGAUUAGUUUUGUAAUUCUUUUUAUUUAGUUGAACAAUCCCUAUAUCGAUAUUAACUGGUCGUUAACAUAGAUAGCUCGACUUUAAUUUACUUUAUACAUUUUUUCAAUUGGUUUUUAUUGAAACCAGUUAAUAAAUCGAUAUGGAAUUAAUCUGAAAAAAUUUUUUUUAGCUUUUUUGUUAAUGGAUUUAUUAUAUUUUUCUUUUAAAUAUUUUAUAACACGAAUUAUGGAAUAAUAUUAAGGUUUAUUGUUAAGGAAAUAAUCAAAAAGCGUUUAGGAAGUAAUACAACUAUGGCAUUAAUCUGUAUAAAGUUGUUUAGAAGGAACAAACUACGGACCGGCCCUUACAAGUUAUUUGCUAAAAAAACAAAACUGACUGAAGAAUAUUAUUUAAAGAUAUACAAUCUUUCAUUAAACACUACGCAUGAUUAAGCCACGUAAUAAUUAGUCGUUGAGGAAAUAGUUGUGUAAUUUGUUAGAUAAUUAGAUUAUCAAACGGAUUCUAAGGUUUCUAAGAUGUGCCGCCGUUUGUUAAUUAGGCAAUUUGAGCGGACGGUAGAGAUAAUUAAAAUUGGAAUCAAAGGUUCAUUCGAAGGUGAAACUCUCGUAAGGAUUAUCAAUUGACGUCCUCCAGAUGACGUUCAAUAGUUAUUUCAUUAAAGUUGAUAAACGACUUGAAAAUUAGAUCGAUAUCGUAUAGAAUAAAGCAAAUCGAUAUUUACAUUCAAACAGCUCGACACUGCGGUUUCUUUUGGGGCGAUGUAUUCCGAUUUAUGGAAAUUCUUUAACAAUCGAAAUAAGGCACUAUUCUAGAACAUAAUCAUAAUAAAUCCCUUUGAUAAACAUUGCCACUUCAACAACUUUUUUUUAUUUUAAUAAGAAAGCUUCAAAGUUUUUUUUUUAAUAAAAAUAUAUAUAUAUAUAAGUAUAUAUACGAAUUAUAUACCACCCAAAAAGUAAAAGGGAUUUUUAUAAAAUAUUCGAUAAAGGGGGAGGGAGAGGCCCUCCCCGUGUUUUUUAUCCACAAGAUGGCGUGAUUAAUAUCCUCUCCUUUAAAGCCCUAAAAGGAACUAGUGUUUCGCAUUAAAAUUUCUUAACCCUCUCUCAUUCGAUUUAUCUAAGCUUAUUAAGGGGCAACGAACCGUUUACUUAUCAUUCUCAAAUAUCAUGAAUACAUUUAAUGAGGCGUCCUAGAAUUUUUUUUUCUGUAUAGCUCUGCGAUGAAGUAAAAAGACUGUUAAAGGUCACCUUAGUAGAUUUUAUAUAUAUAUAUAUAUAUAAUAGAAAAGACU